AUGAACGUCGUGUACACAGGCUCCCUGCUCCCGCUAGCAGUUAGUUUGCGUGAGACUGUGCGGCACACUCAGGGAUCCAUAGCCCCCGAAUGUCUGGUGCGGGUGUCUCUGCUGGGCACAGGUCAUUUUGGAUCUGUAUACAGUGGUGUGCUGCGUGUAUGUGAUCACGAGUCACCCGUCGCUAUAAAAGUCCCGUCCGACAAGACAGACCCCAGCGAGUUUAUUAAGGAAGCG